AUGGCAGUAGUGAUUGAGGCCGCAGAGGAGGGCGGCGUGGAUCCCUUCAUCGCGUACGGCAUCGAAGCUGGUAGCGACGACGAAGACGGGAACUACGACGAUGCAGAUGAUGUUGACGGCGUCCAAGCGGGAAACGACGAUGAGUUGCGCGCAGCGGAGGUUCGCGCUGCGGAAGUGUGCGCGGCGAAGGUUCGGGCGGUGGAGGUUCGGGCGGCGGAGCUUCGGGCGGCGGAGCUUCGGGCGGCGGAGCUUCGGGCAGCGGAGAUUCGGGCGGCGGAGAUUCGAGCGACGGAGAUUCGGGCUGCGGAGGUUCGCGCGGUGGAGGACCGCGCUGCAGCGGUUCGAGCGGCAGAUGUGCGCUCUGCGGAGGCUCGCCAGACGGAGCUGGCGCCGCACACCUCGCAGCCUAAUAACCCGACAGCACCCGUUAGGCUUGCUGGUGCGCACCAUUUCAGGGAAGCACAACAGCUGGAGGCACAAUUGCGUGACCUGCAGAACACGGUCUCCACUCUAAACGCGCAGCUGCAGGAGGCAAGGGCCAGGAUCAAGGCGGUGGAGGCUGAACGCGAUAGUCUGAAAACGCAGUUGGAGUCGAUGCAACGACAGCUUUCAGCGGAAGUCGCUGGAACGAGCUCGGACGUGGGCACCCUUCGGGACCCUUCUGACCCCCUGGUCCGAAUGGAGAACGUCCAAUUCCAACCGCAUUUGGUGCGCAAGUACAUAGCUGAGGGGACCACGCAAGAUGAGUACUACCUCUUCAUGGGCGGGAACAGCAAGCGCAUUGAUCGGGCGCUGAAGGUUGAAUGGCCAUUGGAGAACCACAAGGGCAAGAAGGGCCAUGCAUCUCUGGACAACAAUGAGACCAACAACCGCAACAACGUCCAUGCCAAGACGAGGGUGGUUGCUGCCUGGCUGAAGGAAACCCUUGAAAGGGAGCCUGCCACGUUCAAGAUCGAUGAGCCCAUGGGGUUUGAGAUGGGCAUUGGGAAAGUUAGGAUUUUGAUAGAGGGAUAUGAGUUGUUUUUCUUCCCCUCAGGGGUCGUUCCAACCCCCUGGCCUCCUAUUAACAACAUGUGA